AUGGGCAACCUUACCUUAGUCUAUAUGUUGCUCGUGAGCCGUCAAGUACCAGUCUCGCAACAGUACUGGCGCAAAAGGAUCGGUACUUCACUUGCUGAUCGUUCGCGAGUUGAACUCGCUCUCUUGCCACGCCUUUCACUCACUCGCUUGAGUCGGACUCAAUCACUCUUUUUGGAGGAUCAUUCGUUCUUCACUCUCUUGCUAUUACCCGCAGGGAGCGCAGCAAGGGUAAGGCUAACGGGGGAAAGUCUGAAAGAUGACUCUGAGGUUACCUCAGGCCGCAAGAGGCAUCAAGCACUAGCCUUGGACGACGGAUACUACUCCGCACCUAAAAGUCUUUCCAUUGACGGAUGUGGCAACGGUAACGGAUUUGGCAACGGUAACGGAUUUGGCAACGGCAACGGCUCAUCUCAGUCUAGUGAUGAGAUUUCGUUGAAUACUCUUACUAACUAUAUCCAUCUAUCAUACUCUGAAUUAUCUGAGAAUUUUCCUAAUUUGACAAAAGAGAAAGUGAAUGAAAUAACAAUGUCCAUAAUGGAUGGUACUUACACCCAGUCUCCCCUAAGAAUAAGGCCAUUUAUUGAUUCUAAAAAUGAAUUGGGUAUCAAGCUUUAUGUUAUGGAUAGAUUCAAUAAUAAAAAACCAUUUGAAGUUUAUUCACAGGAAGAAGACAACCUUGUUCAACUUUCGCUGGCAUUUAUGUUAAAUAAACAUAUAUAUAUGAAGGGAGUUUUCAUGGCAAAUUGCGUGGGGUAUCAUAAUUUGUUACCUACUUAUUAUGAUUUAGUAUGUUCUAGAAAGAAUGUCUUUAAGGUAUAUCGAUUAGACCUAACAAAUUCCCUUUCGAGUAUAAAUCGAGAGAGUUUGUUAUCUAACCUUGAAUCUAUUGUGAAUGAUGUGGAAAUCUUAAGAUAUGUAAGAGAAUACAUUAAUUUACCUUUUGUUACUGAGUAUGGAAUACCCCUAUCCCUCCAUCCAACUACAGCUAUACCACCCUCAGGAUUUCUGAGUUGUGUAUUACUGAAUUAUGCUUUAAUGGACUUCGAUAAGGCUUUUCUCGAAUUCUUAAGGAAUCUGCUUGGUUCUAAGGUGAGGCUCGAGAGACCUGGAUUCGGACAGAUUGAUAGAGGAAAUGCCAAAGCAAUGAACUUGGAUUUCGUACUUGGGAUCCGUCUAGAUUCGCUCUCAAGACAGCUCUUCCCGGAAAUAAGGAAUGCGAUGAUUCUUUGCCCUCGUAGAAUAAAGGGUAAUCGGAAAAGAAUAUGGAAUGGUCUCUCACUGCUUUCUGCCACUUCCGAAGGCAUUGUUCCUAGGGCUGAAGUGAAGGCUCAGUCUUGCUCGACGGGAGUUCCGAUUCCACCCAUUCUGAUUCCGGGCUUGAGGCCCAUCUUUUGGAAUCUACUGAUAGUCCUACCAACCUUGGAGAAAUUCCUGGAACUAAGCCAAGUGUGGGCGGAAUGCUCUCGAAACCGCAUUGAUUGUUGCCAGCCUUGA